CGUCAACUGCACACAGAAUGCUUACACUAGCAUUUCUGCGCAACAUUCCAAGCCGUUGUGUCGAUUGAACCGGAUGGCUCACUUGAGACUUUGAAGUUGUGGGUGAAGUUGAAGGUUUUUUUGAGUUUCAUUUAGUUCAGUGUACUUUAAGGAAGUUACGAUAUCUUUCCAUCUAAAAUGAGUUUCUUCUACGACGAUAACGACGACGAGGACAUUCUGUUUGGCUGGGAGUUUGAUACUUAUAAAGGUUGUUACGUGCGCUCGGGCCGAUUUUGCGCCCCUUUCCCGAGACCUACACUCUCCCGGUUCCAGCAGGUCGACGUUCGUCCCCUGUACGUCCGGAACCUUCCCGGAAACGUCGAUGAGUACGGCCUGGAAGGCAUGUUUUCUCCGUUUGGAAAAAUCGUCAGGACCAGGGUCGUCCAAGAUCGGUACGGAAACUCGAAGGAGUAUGGAUUUGUGUGGUUCUCAAGCGAUGAUGAGGCCGACGAGGCGUUGUACUGGAUGAACGGCCGCUGGAUUGAGGACUGUGAGCUGUACGUUGCCCCGGCCGAGUACCGGGAAGAUCGUCAGGCGCGCUGGGAAGCGGAAUUGGAACAGGACGUCGACGAUGACGACAUCUUGUACGGGUGGGAUUAUGAUGUUCACGAAAAGAUGUAUGUUCGCAUCUUUCCGCCACGUGACUGUGCUCCAUUUCCGAGCCCGUUGAAAUCGGCUGGUCCUGCACAGCACAAUGUGCGACCACUGUACGUAGGCAACUUAAGCUGGAAAAUAGACGACAACGACCUGUACAACCUGUUUAGCCCGUUUGGCCGUGUGACCAACACGGAACUCGCUACGGAUAAGCGCGGCGCUUCGAGAAGGUUCGGAUUCGUGACGUUCGCAACCGACGAAGAAACGGACUACGCCAUGUACUGGAUGAACGGACGGUGCAUCGAAGACUACUGUUUGGACGUUGAGCUGGCCAAUAACUGGUAGAUGCUGAAGAUAACUCAGCUUAACUUAAUGUAAACAUAGAAAAAACUUAUUUUAACUAAAUAAACUUUUGAUAUCAUUAACCAAUCAGA